AUGGAAGACUCUCACUCGACCGGUCAACAACAACAAGAACCACCAACAAACCAACAAGAACAAAACCCAGAAACACAACAACAACAACAACAACAACAACAACUCAACCAAAUCAUUCAUCCAACUCGGUCACUCCCUCCCCCACUAAGAACCAUCAGAAGGAGCUUCGAACUACUCUCGGUCUCUUACUUCCUCAACAUCUUCGCACCCCUCCUAUCCAUACCGGACUUCACCAUCUCACAACUCGAAGCUGAUUUAGAUGGCAGUCAACCCGAUUCAUACCUCCCAAGCUUGAUUCCAAAGCUCUUGGUUUCUCUGACUGGUGAUCGAACCACAAAUUCCUCCAACUGGGAAUCACGAUUGCGUAGAGAAUUCAUAAAACGCGAACCUCAGGCAAACCCACUAGGAGAAGAACCUGCAAAGCCAAAACCCAAGAUCAAUAAACGAGCCGUUGGUUAUGUUUAUAUCGCCGAGGCCAUCCCACUCUCAACCCUACCUGCCAUCGACGACUUGAACUCUCAAUAUGCUGAACUAACCAAAUCUAAAAAUGGUACCUGUCAUCAAGUUCCCGCGAAUGGCCAAACUCCCACCGACCCAUCCUAUCCACAAGACGCCCCUGAAAUCAAACCGACUCCAAGCGACCUCCCUGAUACCAAGCCAAGCAACACGACUGAACAGAGCUCAUCUCUUGAACUACCCACAUCCAACCAGGUUGACACCAAAAGUUCUGAAUCGCUCCUCGCAGACUCAAAUCCAUCCAUCCAACCUCCCCCUGAAGGGCUGUCCCGUCAAACCGAACCACCCGAAUCCAAGCCUCUUACGGCACUUUCCAGUGAAAAUUCCAGUCCAGCACCUCAGCACCCAGCAGGUCCCAUCGCGAUACCCUGGUCAAGUCUUUUACCAACCAUCAAGCUUAAUGCCAUUUUUAAGUUAUGUGAAUGGCAUUUCAGUACCUCAACCGACCUGGAACGUUUCCGUCGCCAGGUGCUAGCCAAGGCUAAUAGUCCCAACACUGCGGGUUUGGAUGAACGAUUUGAGUGGAGACAAGAACGUUGUGGAAUUGAUUCCAAAGGGAACCAAUAUUGGCUCAGUGGGCAAGGCAUCGAGUCUAGGCUCUGGGUUCAACGUCGAGAACCCCAGCCGCCUCUGAAAGCAAUUACUCUUCGAAUCCCAGCACGGGAAAAGAAGAAGCCGAAGAACGGGCAAAGCAAACAACAGAAACGCAAACACGUCACUCGAACCUCCUCAACUACCCCAUCAACCCCAGCUACUAACCCAAGCCGUCGAUGCAGCAGCGGUGUACUCCCCGAUGCAAAGAGACCGAGAUUGACCGGCACCCGAUCAUCGCAAAGAUUACGCGCCACCCAGCCCGAGUCUAGCAACAGAUCUGCUUCGCCACGGCCACCAACAAUGAUUGUGAUAAAGAAGACUGGUGUGCCUCAUAAUUCCAACACGCCCGAAAUCAAAAAACAGGGUGUCAAUGGAUCUAGACGACCGAUAUCAAGGCGGAGAGCUAAUAAUGAGAUUUGGCAAGACGUGCCCGCCGGUUGGUUAGAAGAAGUGGUUCAGCCUACUUCUAAAAAAUCAUCCACAGUCCUCUCUAGUGAUCUUUCGGAGAUGAGUGACGAUGAUGAGUUCGUCGGCAAUACUCGCCAAUCUAAUCAAACCAAACCAAAUCCGCCACCCACCAAAACGAAACACCUACCCGCAGCACCGGAUAAUGCCUCUGUGGACGAAAGUCUCUCAGAACUUUCUGAUAGCCCAGAUGCUUCGACUGUCGUCACUUGCGAGUCUUUGUCCGAUGACUCUAGUGGAGGGGCUGCCAGUGUGGAUGUCAAACCAGAUGUCAAAAGAGCGAUUGAAAAAGGCGACGUGCAACAUAAAGACUCAUCUCGCGAGCAAAAUAUGAAUGUUGCAACCACAGAAGUAGACGCCGUACCUGUGACAGAUUGCCAGGACCAGAAGUCUACUGAUCUUCCUGUUAGCAACAUUCAUCAAUCAUCGUCCGACGACUCUGCAACAAGCAAUGUACUACUCAAUCCACCCGAACCUGCAAAAUCGAUCCUUGUCUCAACCCACGACCCCUCCUCUGAACUAACUACUCCAGAAUCUAAUAUCCAAACCAGCGAGGUUGUUCCGAAUGUUGACUCGGGAAAUUUGUCUUCCUGCGACGCCGAAAAAGUAAAACCAUGUUUGGACGGUUCGGACUCACUUUUUCCUGAAUUAAAGGGACACCCCCUCGAUCCAGAUUGGAUUGAAUGGGAAGUUGUUUGUGCAGAGUUGAACGACUGGAAAAACUUUUCUUUGCAAUUUCAAAAUACCGAAAGUCAGUCGGAAAAACAGCUGGUUGAAUUCAUAGAUAAUGAAGUUUUACCACAGGUCAUUGCCGCCCAUAACGAGGAGGAAGCUCGAAAACAAAAAGAAGAGGCCAUGGCUCAACGAAAGCGAUCCAGCAGACUGGCCACACGAGAGGCCGUUCAAGCGAACUCAAUGCAAGUAGAAAUGAUGACCAGGGAGACUCGGAUGCAUUCAGACCGAUUAGAAGCCAAACGGUUGAAAGAAGUCGAGCAUGAAGAAUCAAAGAAAAAAAAGGAAGAGGACCAACGAUUGAUCAGAUUGAGAGAACGACAGGAACAAAUAGCGCUCCGGGAGGCUCAACAGGCGAGUGAACGAGAAGCCGAACUCAAACGGGCGGAACGAGCUAGACAGAGAGCUGAGAGCAAGCUCCAGGGUAAGGCUGUCAAAGUCGCCAGGGCCGGGGCUGAGAAUUCAGUACCCUCUAUCGAUGAGACCGAAAAGUGGGAAUUGAAUUGUGAGAUCUGUGGUGUCAUCGGAAGCAACAUGGAUGAUGGCAGUGAGGUGAUAUGCUGUGACAACUGCGAGAUGUGGCAACAUUUAGUUUGCCAUGAUAAGGCUGAUGAAAUCAUGAAGAGAGCUAAGCGAAAUUGGGCAACAGCAGAUUUUAUUUGUGCUGAUUGUUCUGGAGUUCCAAUUCCACGAGCGGUGAAGAAAUUGAGGACGCAUAUCAAUGGCAAACCCAAACCUCCUCCUCGACCAAGAACUAGUAAACCAAAAGAUGAACUCAACCAUUCUGUACCCAGUACUUCCGGCCCCUCUAAUACCAAGUCUAAAAUCACUAUCCUGAUGAGCAAUCCUAGCAGGCUUGGUGGAACGACACUGAAUGAAGUAUCUCCUGCCAAUGCGAACCCCGCCAGUAGUAGUAACCUUGCCCCUUGUCUGACCCAGCUCCAGGAUGUGAAUUCAAGCGGAGAGAGCACAUUGUCGAGGUCAAAUGGGAACAUUGCGAACCAAGUCCCAUCCAAUGCCACAAUGCCCAGACCGACUCCGUUGCCUCCAUCUCUUCUUCCAAGCGUCAAACCCCCGGUUACGACGAGGCCGACGACAACCCAACCCGACUUGACAAAGUAUUAUGAUGACUUGGAGAAAUUGUGUUGUAUUCUUCGAACAAAUACAAAUUUGCACCGGACUUUACCGAUCGAAGUUAUGCAUCGGCUUAGACGGUACUUACUGGACCAGCAACAGGGGCAGCAUCUAUUCAAUCGAACGCAUCCGACUUCAGGCAGCACUAAUCCGGGCGGCAUGUUUAGCAAUCACUCGAAUGUCCAUCCUAGUCUUAAAAGCCAAUCGGGGCUAUCGACUUAUUCUCCUCAAUCGACCCCCUCCGAACUCCAGCAGAGACUUCACUCUUCUCAUCUGGACUUGGUUGCUCGUGUGGAUCCCCAAACAAUCGACCCUCAACUCCAGCAACUGGCAAACAGACCUGAGCCUCUGGAUACCAACAUGCCUCCGAAUGCCAACCCGGAUGCUAAUAUGACGACUACUGCUACUACCACUACCGUUACCACUGGGGUUGCUAAUCGCAAUGAUGAUCACCCCGAUUCGGUCAUGUCUGACUCUUUCCCUCAUACCGUCGCUUCGUCCAUCCCUCCUGCACAACGCUCUCCUCCCCCUCCAUAAUCAAAACAAGACCAACACUUACUAUUUUCAUUUGUGUAUGCCUUUCAGGGCUGUAUACUUCUUUACUUGUUCCCUGCCCCAGAGGUGGAGUCUAUCAUCACCUGACUUGUCUUUUUUUCCUUCCUAUCUCUCUGCCUGAUAAACUAUGUUUUUUUUUUUUUUUUAUUGUCUUGGGUUCCUUUUUUUUUCUUCCCCCUUGUUCACCUUUUGAUGACGUUGCUUUUUUUUUCUUUUGCUUGGUGUUGUUUUUAUUUGAUGGUGGUUUUUUUAUUUUUUGAAUUUUUUUUUUGGUAGGAAGUUUUUUUUGUUUUGU